GGGCGUCACAGCGCCGGGCGGCGGCGGGGAGAUGCGGCUCCUGGCGCUGGCGGCGGCCGUGCUGCUGGCGCGGGCUCCGGCCCCGGAGGUGUGUGGGGCCCUCAAUGUCACCGUGUCCCCGGGGCCUGUGGUUGACUACCUGGAGGGGGAAAAUGCCACUCUUCUCUGCCAUGUCUCCCAGAAGAGACGGAAGGACAGCUUGCUGGCCGUGCGCUGGUUCUUCGCACGCCCCAACGCCCAGGAAGCCUUGAUGGUUAAGAUGACCAAACUCCGGGUGGUGCAGUACUACGGGAAUUACAGCCGCAGCGCCUUCCGGCAGAGGCUGUGCCUCCUGGAGGAGAGGCGCGGGGCACUCUACACGCUCUCUGUUUUGACCCUCCGGCCAGCAGAUCAAGGGCAUUACGUCUGCAAAGUCCAGGAGAUCAGCAAGCACAGGAAUAAGUGGACCGCCUGGUCCAACGGUUCCUCAGCGACGGAAAUGAGAGUGAUUUCCCUCAAAGCUUCUGAAGAUUCAUCCUUUGAGAAAAAGAAAGAGACCUGGGCAUUUUUUGAAGAUCUCUACAUCUACGCUGUUCUCGUGUGCUGCGUGGGGAUCCUCAGUGUCCUCUUCUUCACCCUGACGAUCAUCUGGCAGUCUGUGUUUAGCAAGAGGAAAGCCAGAGCGAGACAUUAUUUGGUGAAAUGUCCCCAGAACAGCUCUGGGGAGACCGUGACCAGUGUGACCAGCUUGGCCCCCCUGCAACCCAAGAAGGGCAAGAGGCGGAAGGAGAAGGCUGACGUUCCUCCUGCAGUCCCUGCCAAAGCUCCCAUAGCUGCCACAUUCCAUAAACCGAAGCUGCUGAAACCACAGAGGAAAGUCGCCCUGCCGAAGAUCGCGGAGGAGAGCCUGACCUACGCUGAGCUGGAGCUGGUCAAACCCCACCGGGCUGCCAAAGGCCUCCCCACCAGCACCGUCUAUGCCCAGAUCCUCUUUGAGGAGAACAAGCUGUAACGUGGCAUCUUCUUCCGUGGUCCUCUUCCGUGGUCCUAUUUAAUACAUGCCACCCCAGUUAUUUAUGAUACCUUGGAAACAAAACCCUUAUUUUUGUAUUUUCCCUUGUGCCUUCUGUGUGGUGGGGUACAAGGCUCCUCUCCAUAAAAAAGUAGGGGCCGCAGCCCUUGGACGGAUCUCCC